GCUGUACAUGCUCGUCUUGUUCCCCUCAUAAGCUGUUGCCCCGCCAAGAUACGAUUAAGGUUAUCGGCAUCAUCUACGUCAGAGCUUUCCCACGCGCCAAGCAGAGAGCAUCACGCGAAGCGCACCGCCUCAGACCUGACCGCUCCACAGCCUGCUCUCUGGACUUGUAUAUACCCUCUGCGAAGUCGAUUCUUUGUGUCCGCAUCAGAGGAUACAGCACGUCGAAAACACCAUGGCGGACCUCGCCCCAGAAACUACUGCCCACCCGGGCUCCGCCACCACCUCCGCGGUCAACUCCAAAGAAACAGCACCCGUGAAUGCGCCAGUGGAGAAGCCACCGGAUGAUAGUUCCAAGUUUAGGACAUUCUUGAGCAUCCUCAGGAGGUUCAUAGGUGUCUCCGACCUCGCCGCAGUCCGAUUCUCCCUUCCCGCGCAGCUCCUGGAACCAAGGCCUAACUUGGAAUACUGGCACUACCUUGACCGACCAGACACAUUUAUAAGUAUCGGCGAUUCAGAUGAUGACCUGGGGCGAAUGCUGGGAUGCUUGCGCUUCUGGUUCACCAAAGAUCUGAAAUACGUCAAAGGCAAGCCAUGCAAGCCUUACAACUCCACCUUGGGCGAGUUCUUUAGGUGUAACUGGAAGAUCGAAGAUACUCACCCAACUCUCAAAACACCGAGCUCAGCACCCUCGAGUAGCGCCAACAGCGUGACAGGCGACAACAAGCCUGUCAGGGUAUCCUAUCUUACCGAACAAACCUCCCACCACCCUCCUGUUUCCGCCUUCUACAUCGACUGCCCCGAGAAGGGCAUCAGCGCAAAGGGCUACGAUCAGCUGAGCGCAAAGUUCACCGGUACCAGUGUGCGCGUGGUUGCUGGAGCGCAUAACUUGGGCAUCUUCAUUACAUUGAAGAAUCGGGAUAACGAAGAGUACCAGCUUACACAUCCAGCAGCCUAUCUUGGCGGUCUGCUACGAGGCUCUCUCAACGUCUCCGUUGCCGACUCCUGCUUUAUCACCUGCCCCAAGACUGGGUUGAAAGUCAUUCUGGAGUAUCUCGAAGAAGGCUGGCUCGGGCGAUCUCAGAAUAAGGUUUUGGGAGUCAUCUUCAAGUAUGAUCCAGAUAACGACAACAUAACCAAGAUCAAAGACGUAGUGGACAAGGAUGUCCACGCGAGGAUAGAAGGCUGCUGGCAAGACAAGAUAUACUACACACUUGGCAACAAGCCCUUCAACAAGGUCCCCGAAAAGGAGCGCCAUCUUAUCAUCGAUCUCGCCCCUCUGAAUCCCGUUCCCAAAGUCGUACCACCACUCGAAGAGCAGCUCCCCAACGAGUCGCUCAAGUUCUGGGAAGGCGUCACAAAUGCCAUAGUAGGCAAGCAGUUCUCGCUGGCCACGACGCUCAAGACGGAGAUCGAGGAGAACCAACGAGCAAAGGCUGCCGAAAGGAAGGCGGAGAACAAGGAGUGGCAGCCAAGAUUCUUCACGGGUGCUGUGACGCCUGUGGGAAGACCGGAUCUGACCAAGGAUGGCGAGGAAGCACUGAAGGGUCUACACAGUGAGAGCUACAAGUUGACCGAGAAUAAGGAGUACGGAGCCUUUUGAACACGCCACAUUACGUUUCGGUAAUUAAGUUGGAUCGUCCCCUAUCGGACCGGACCGUCAUUGAUGUCCACUAUAUUUGCAAGAGUCGGACUAGUGGAACCCGACCACCCUCACUUGCCCUAUCUUUACAUUCCGAUUUGUUGGGUAGCAGCAUUUUCGUUCGGCGUUUACUGAUUGCAGUACAUACACUGGGGGACGACGUUUGCGUUACACUUGACGUUGCAUAUGCACAGCUUUGCGAAUAGAUUACAGUUUACCUUUUAGCCCAUGGGCUCUCGGCAUAACUCAUCCAUACUCCGAGGGAUUGUACUUGCCAAAGCGACAUCCAUUCGGUACAGAGUGUUCAGCCUCCCUCCAGGAUAAUGCAAUGCGCCGAGGGCAUUCAAGGUAUCGC